AAAUCUAUAAUAUUUGAAAACAAGUAAAUCUUGAAAGUAAAGUUGAUAGAAUUAUGAACAUGGAAGAUGAUCAACGACCAUGGGCUGAUAUAUGCCCAUAUCUCUUGGAUUCCAUCUAUAACAGACUCUCAUCUCACAUCGACGGUACUCACUUCGGCGACGUAUGCAAGAACUGGCACCAAGUUCACUCUCACAUCGCCCUUUCCAAUCCUCGGCCCGUGUUGAUCAGCCAUGCGAAAUUGUCCAGCUCGGACGUCAUCCAAGUGCGGGAGGGGAAACGACUUGUCCUCAAACGACGUCGUGAAUCUCAAAUCCCAUAUGAGCUUACAGGUAAAGACAUAACAAUCCUCGGGAUGGCGGGUGCGUGGUAUUUUAUAAAAGUGUGUGAUGCUUCUUUGGGCUGGUACAAUCCUCUACUCCGAAGUCCUGCAAACUACAUCAGGCUUCCCAAUCCGAGUAGGUGUUUUUCUACCUACGACGACCAUUACAAACCUGACACAGUACUCAAAUUUGCUUUCUCAGCGCUGCCCACUGCGCAGGACUCGACGAUCUUCGUGGUGUAUGGCGACCGCUAUCUCUGCAUGUUUCGUCGUGGAAACUAUGAUGGAUUUGUGCAAAAAACAUACGAUUUCUCCUUGGGUGGGAAAAAAGGACAAACAUGUCUUGGCGUGGGCUACAAAGACGGUAGAUUCUUUUGUUUAUUUGAAAUGAGUGAUAUGUUGAUUUUCAGCAUCGACGAAAAUGAGACCAGAAUGUUGUUGGCGGCAACUAAACCUUUGCUUCCAGAACAACUCCAACGAUGGGAUAGUUUGAGUGUAGAGGCGUUGGUGUUGGCAAAAAAAGCCACAUCUGUAAAUGAUCGAUACCAUGACCAUGAGGUAGAAGAGGUGAUGGGGUUUAGGCUGGUCACUCAUUGGGAGCGAGAUCGUGAGGAGAGCUUCCUACUUGUAGCAGUGGAGGAAAAUGUUUUGAUGGCCACCGAUCUGUUACUGGAGAGUAAUAACAAUGAUGAUAUAAAGGGCAACAGUAGAACAACAAGAGUGAUUUUAGUGAAAGACCGGUUACCAUUGAAAAGGAUUGUCAACAAACAUUAUAUUGAUACACUGUUUUUUAAAUUUUCCAUAUUGAUCUGGUCUUUUUCUUUUCUUUAUCUUUUUGAUAAAUUGGUCUUUUGCUUUUCGGAUUAUCUUUUUGCACCAAACUUAGAGUAAUGAAGGGUGCAUAUGAUAUAAUACGUUUUGUUAUUAUUAUUUUAUUUUUUUGCUGA